CUUUUAUUAAGUUAUAAUAAGUUUUUGCUUCUACUUCUACUAUAUACUAAAAUCAAACAUAAACUCAAAGAAGAGGAAAAUCAAGAAGAAGUGAAGUUGUUAUAACAACUCUAUUGUUUGUUUUUGUUUUAAAAACAUUGUACACUAUACAAUGAGUAUUUCUUGGGAUUUAGCUGUUUUGAGCAAAUCUUGUGGCUUCUCUUGAAAUCGAGUUGAGCUGAACUGAACUGAACUAAACCGAACUUCUUUUCUUUUGGUGUGUGUGUUCAUUUUACUUCAAAUUUUGAGGUUCAAGAAGAAAAUGAUGUCUAAUGAUGGACUUUCUUGUUCCAUGAGAGGUGGUUUCACUUUCAUUCAAGAUCCAAAAAACCCUAGUACUAAUAUUAAUCAUCCAAAUCCAAACCCUAAUUCAAAUCCAAAUGUUUCUUGUGCUAAUAAGAGGAAGAGAAAUCUCCCCGGAAAUCCAGAUCCAGAUGCAGAAGUGAUAGCUCUUUCACCAACAUCUCUAAUGGCGACGAAUCGAUUCGUGUGUGAAAUAUGCAACAAGGGUUUCCAAAGAGAUCAAAAUUUACAACUCCAUAGAAGAGGUCACAAUUUACCAUGGAAAUUGAAACAAAGAAAUAACAAAGAAGUUAUAAAGAAAAAAGUUUAUAUUUGUCCAGAAAAAUCAUGUGUACAUCAUGAUCCAUCAAGAGCAUUAGGUGAUUUAACUGGGGUUAAAAAACAUUAUUCAAGAAAACAUGGUGAAAAAAAAUGGAAAUGUGAAAAAUGUUCAAAAAAAUAUGCAGUUCAAUCUGAUUGGAAAGCUCAUAGUAAGAUUUGUGGUACUAAAGAGUACAAAUGUGAUUGUGGCACACUUUUUUCCAGAAAGGAUAGCUUUAUAACACACAGAGCAUUUUGUGAUGCAUUAGCUGAAGAAAGUACAAGAUUUACAUCAAUCCCAACAGCAACAAAUCUUAAUAACUUGAGAAAUCAAUUGAUUAAUGGUGGGAUUAGUACUAAUCUCCAACAACAACAACAACAAAUGAGUGGAAAUAUUUCUCAAUUAAUGGGAUUGGGAUCAUUAGACCCUUCAAAUCAACUUAAUCUUGAUCAUGGACAAAAAACAAGGCUACCACUUUGGCUUCAUCAUAACAAUGCAAAUUAUGGUAACCCUAAUGACUUUUUAUCAACACCAUCAACCACAACAAGCACCUUGGCUCAUGAAUUGGUACAAAUGGCACCACAUACAAGCAUGUUAGGCUUGUCUUCGUCACAGAACAAUAACAACAACAACAACAAUAAUAAUAAUCAAUGGUUCGUCAAUGACGAUGGUGGUGGUGCCAUCACCACCACCUCGUCAUCGAUGCCACGUGUGCUAAAGGAGGAAGAAGAGAACAAAACUCUUAGCCCAAUGUAUUACAAUAAUAACCACAUGUCAGCAACAGCGCUUUUGCAAAAAGCAGCCCAAAUUGGAUCAACAAUUCACCACAACAAUUCACCACUCUUUAGCAAUCAAUUUGGGCUAAUGACCUCAUCUAGCCUUAAUAUGAUGAAUAAUUCUUCAUCAUCAAGUGCUACAAAUGUGGCUAUUCAUGAAAAUAUUCAAGGAAAUAAUGGAUUGCUAAUAGGGGCUACAAAUUCAACAUCUUUUGUGGCCAACAAUGCAAAUACUUUGAUGAUGAUACAAGAUAAAGGGAAGCAAGGUUACUUAACAAGAGAUUUUCUUGGUGUUGGAAGGAAUGAAAAGAGGCCAUUUUUGCAACAAACUCAUGAGAUGGCCAAGUUUGAUAAUAAUAAUAAUAAUAAUAAUAAUUCUAGGAUUUUUUAAUAGGUUAUUAGAUUUUGUUUUUCCUUAAUUGGAUUCGUAGAUGUUGAAGGCAACAAAAGAGAGUAGUUGAGAGCGUCGCCUCCAUAAAAAAAAUCCAUCAAAAUUUCAGUUUUGUGAAUUCUAAAAUUUUAAAAUGGCUACUUGAUCAAGUGUUAUUAAAUGUGAGUUUAAAAGUAGAAUCAUAAAUGUUAAAUGAAUUUCUUAA